ACAUAUAAUCGCUCGAACGUAUAGAUUGUUACCGGAAUUUCUCAUAUUAUCACGAUGGCAAUAACGAACGAUGAAGCGCGACGAAUAAAAGCGAGCAGCUGACACGAGCCCGUCGCAAUAUGGACUAAUCGGGUCUCUGCGCUUUUAAUCCAUUUUAACCGCACGCUCUGACCCACUGGCCCUCGCGCACGUGGUGCAAGCUUCGCUAUAUAUACGUGUACAUUUUGUUUCAAUGUAUAUGCCGCAUGCGUCAAUAGGUAAAUGCCACGUUCGCGCCAAGUAUACGACGCGCUUUAUUGACUUUUUGAUUUUUCGCCUACACAAUUACAGCAUCGCCUUAUUCGACACUCGGGGCUUGGCGUUAUUAUGUAGGAGUGUACGCGCGAAAUAAUUCAUCGAUGGAGCUGUGCAACUAUAAGGAAGCGUUUAGCAUAGACGCGGUCAAGAACGAUCGAUGGAAUCGACACGUUGUGCGCUUGGCUGGCUGAAAGUCAGCCAAGAGUAAAGAGCUUUGAUUUCCAAAUUCAACCUCGGUACUCGAAAAAUAUUCCGAAAAUAAGCAAAACAAAAAAAAAACAACAAAAGAGAGAGGCUGACAAACAAAAAAACAAUCGAUAAGGUGUAUUUUAUCGCUAUCGAAUUGCACUCGAGUGCCGUUAUCGAGUCAUCGACACAUUGUACCAUUGGCCGACGUCGACGCCGAUCAACGUACACGCUACAUAUGCACAGUAGACAGUAGACCGGAUGACGCGAGCCCGGGUCUAUACCACACUCGUUACAUUACAACACUUCCAAUAUAGGCACAGCAGCGGCACAUAGACGCGCAUUAGAGGCGGCGAGCGCGAGAACGGACAGAUAUCGAGGCCAGUGUACCGCGCUGCUGUGCGGCACCGGAUGAAGUUUCGAGCGAUCGCUCCAUGAACCCAGAAGAAAAACAGCAGCCGCAGCUUCGAAAAUGCAGAACCGAUCGCCUACUACCGCUACGAGCCUACUGGCGCUGGCACUCCUGCUGCUGUCGGCCGGAGCGUCGGCCUCGACCACCAGGAAAAUUGCCGUCAGACCCGACAACGUGCUGAUGGAUUAUUUGGCCUUUCGAUACGUCUCGAUCUUGCACUUUACCGUGCCCGAAAACGCCGUCUCGGCCGUCUUCAACUUCACCGUGUACCAGAAGAAGACCGGCGGACUGAUGGAGUGCUCGCAGCAGUUCGCGGAGGUCCACGUGAAAUCGGCCAGCGUGCCGCUCGUCCAUCCGGACGGCUCCAAGUACAAGGCUAAUCUGCUGCGCGAGCGCAGGCCCCACGAGCCGAUGCGCGUCGACUGCAACGGCGACACGCACAAGAUCUCGGCGGAGGCGCCCGCGCCCGGCGACUGGUACCUCGUCGCCUACAAGGCCUGGGAGGACCCCGACAACAAGCCCAUCAAGCAGGAGGGCCUGGCGGCGAGCUGCGACACGAUACUCGACGCGGAGCUCGUCAUCGAGUACCCGGACGUCUACCUGCCGCUCGGUGUCGGCGACGACGACGAAGAGUGGAACGAGCGCAGCGGCAUCGGCCUCGGAAGCAGCCCGAACCUCACCACGGCCCUGCUGGAGUUCUACGUGCCCGCGGGUAGCCCGAGAGCGACGCUGUUCGUGAGGUCGAGCUGCGGCGGCGAGUGCACGCUCAAGCUCCACCUCGGCGGAGUCAGCGAUACGGUGCUGGAGCGCGAGAUCAACGACACGGAGACGAGCCUGGAGUUCAGGCCGCGCGACGAGCCCCUCCACCGGCUGCUGCUGAGAUUCAUGCACGGCCCGGCGACCAACCUCAGCGUCCAGAUCCAGCCGAUCUCGUCGCAGGACCUGCAGCCGGCCCUCGACGUCACGGACUUUCCGCUCGUCAGAUACACGCUGCCGGACUUUUUCACCUUCAAUUUCAAUCACGUGGUCGGCAGCAACGCCAACGAGUCGGCCCCCCUGAAUCUGUCGGCGACGAGCCUCGGGGUCAUGCGGUUCCGAAUCGAGGACGCCCUGGACACCGGCGGCACGCUCAGCGUCGGCCUCAAAAUUCACGACGACGAGAAAAAGGACAACGUCGUAAUCGUCGCUUGCGUCUCUCAUGGUAAAUACGACGCAAUCUCGUCCCUGGGCCAGUGCCUGCGCGACUUGGACGACUCGACGACGAGCGGGGCCGACGUGUACGUGGCCAACUCGAGCGUGGCGGACUUUGUGCACGUGCCGUACCCCGAGACGGGCAACUGGCACCUGUCGCUGCGGGCCUUCUGCCUCGAGCCCGCGAGCCCCGAGUGCCGCCAGUGCCACGAGAGCUGCUCGAGGAAGCGAUGGGGGGACAACGGCACCAGCUAUAACAACGGCUGCGACGAGGGGGUCUGCGCCAACUGCACCGCGCGGCCCUGCGACGCCCGGGCCAAGAGCAUCGUCGCCUCGGCCCAGUGCGUGCAGAACAGCUGCGGCCGCCAGGGACGCUGCAACGUCUACCUCGAGGCCGGCUACGCCUUCUCGUCCUGCUACUGCUACGGCGGCUAUCGGGGCUUCGACUGCAGCGACGACGCCUACGUGGUCGGCACGUCCGACGUACUGGCCCGGCUGCUCCUGCUGACUCUCAGCAAUUUGGCCUUCGUCGGGGCCAUUUACGUGGCCAUAAGGCGGGCCUACUACACCGAAGCCCUGGCCUACACCGCGGUGCUGGUCUUCUCGACGUUCUAUCACGCUUGCGAGGGUGGCGACAGGAAUCACAGCUACUGCCUGAUGGACAUCGACACGCUGCAAUUCUGCGACUUCUUCAACGCCCUGCUGUCGAUCUGGAUGACGCUGAUCGCCAUGGCGUCGAUGGGCUCGCGGCUCACCUCGUUCUGCCACAUCCUCGGUGUGAUCGUGCUCGCUGUGGGCGCCGAGAAGGACCGCACGGCCCUCUGGGUGUUCAUGCUGCCCGCCGUCACGGGCUGCCUCAUCGUCCUCGCCAGCUGGGGCUACAAGUGCCGCCAGAAGGGCAGUCUGCAGUACCCGGCUCGGCGCUACCGCAUAAUUUACCUGCCGCUCGGCCUCGGCGUCGUGUUCCUCGGCCUCGUCUGCUACGCCUUCUUCCAGACGAACAGCACCUACUUCUGGGUGCACAGCCUCUGGCACGUGGCCGUGGCGCUGGGCGUCGUGCUGCUGCUGCCCAAGCGCGAGUACAUGCAGUGACAGGAAGCGAUCGGCGCCUCCGCGGCCGCGACUGCGUCAUCGCCACCGGCUGCUCUGCCCAUCGGACUCUUGUCCUGCUAUUACGCGCGCACGACUUGUUGACAGUUGCGUCUUGCGCGCCGACAGUUCCUUUCUGUUUUCGUCUCGAGACUACCGAGUCUGGUGCAUUUGCUAAACCAAAAAGUGAGAGAGAGAGAGAAAGAGAGAAAAAAAUUUGAUUUUAGUGUGCCUUGAGCGAGUCUUUAACUUGUUAUAUGUGAUAUGCUAGUUACGAUUACGGUCUACAUUUGGCCUCAACAAAAUCCUUCACUUUUACUUACCGUGUAAAUCCUUCACUAACUUAGUUUUCGUCCACGUAGAACCGCGUAUUUUCUUACCCUCCUGAACGAUUCACCGAUUUUUAAUAUUUUUAUCGUGUACAUACAAUCGACGCACGCCAAAUUCCUUUAUUUAGUUCGACUAUUGUUUUGUUAAUUUUAAGAGCAAUGAGUCGCAUCGCGUAUAGUCAAUAUUAUAAUACGUUGUCAGAGACAAUAAUUCGACUCACGUGUAUUUUACAUAAAGAAGACAAAAAAGAAAUGCAUUUAUAUAUUAAUUGUAAUUACAAUUGUAAAACACUGAAGCACAAUGUGACUGUUUGCUUAUAAUGGUAAACUCGUUCACAACUGCAAAGAGGCGAUGAAUAAUAUAAUGUUUAUAUUUUUAACGAUUUUAUCAUUGUAAAAGAGACACGUACCGAUAGACUUUACUUGGAAAGAUAGUCUGUACGUGAAAAGAUUCGUCUAAUGAACGUUGAAAAAGUUGACCUUUCUGUUAUGUAAAUUAGAAACUAUCGAGUGUUAUGUAAUAAAAACUACACUAUUUUUCACACAAUA